CUUAUUUUAUUUUUAAAUUAUUAUCAAAAAUGCCAAACAGAAGAAAGUCGAGCGGACAAAGAGCUCCACCUAAACUAUUUCGAUGCUCCGGAUAUGGAAAUUGUGACAUGGUAUUCACCAGAAGUGAGCAUUUAGCAAGACAUGAACGGAAACAUACAGGAGAAAAACCGUAUAAAUGCAUUGUGCCUGACUGCGGCAGAAUGUUUAGUAGAUUUGAUAAUAUGAUGCAACAUACUCAAACUCAUGAGAAGAACAAAAAAGUGUCACCGAGAUCAACUAACAAAAUGGACACAAACUUUUCCGCACAAGGAUAUCUGGCACCCAGACCAAACGCAACUCAAAUUAAAACUGAGCCCAUGAGUCCAAUCAAGACCGAAUUUAACUGUUGGAGUGGUCGACAAGGAAAUAUAUCCGACUUGAUUAUGGCAACAUCAUUUGUACCUCCACCCGGACAAACAUCCAUGAUGAAUAGUAGGAUAUUACCAUUACCCACACGAAGAGCUUCUUUCUCGACUCAUAGCAGCGCACCGUAUCCAUCAAGCAAUUAUCGUUUAUCACACCCUCAGGACGUCCCGUCACAAUUUUACAGUCAUGAUGUAUUAACAAAAUCAUACAAUGUACCUCGUAACCGUUCAUCAUGGCCGGUCAGACGAGAAUCAUAUCAAAGCAGCUACUAUGCACCAUUACCAGUUCAACAAGAAGACUUUGAAGGCUAUCAUGGUGACUUGCGUCGUAGAUCAUCCACAUCUACACACUCAUCUGAAUCUACACUUAUAUCACCUGCACCAUAUCAAUAUCCGCGAGAUCCAAAUAUCGCAAGAAGAAGAAUAUCGGUUGAUGAUCUUCGGCUACCGAUAGAGCACUUAAAAAAUAUUCAAUUAGAUGAGAAGAAUGGCUACAGUAAUAACGAUAGUAAUACUGUUGAUAUUAGCUGUGCCGAGUAUGAGGCACUAGAAGGCUUUAGUAAAUUCCGCUCCAAUCCUACCAUUACCAAAGAAACACCAUCCCCUAUUACAGAAGAAACCCCUUCCCCUAUAUCACGAAACACAAGUCCUACCAUCGCUGCCCAAGUCUGUGCCAUGCGACAACGUGGAAUGACCAACGAGUCUUUUUUAAGACGUUAAUUGUACACAUCUAUUAUAAAAUAUGUAAAUCGUGACCAUUAAAUAUGUAAAUCUUAUAAUCGUUUAUCCAAAGGGAUGUUCUCUUCUCAUGCAUGAUUGGAGUUACGCAUCAGAUUGUGUUUCGACCAUUCAAGCCCACUCAUAAAUCCUUACCUCAGUGCCUCUCAAGAUCUGCUUUUGAUAUUUAAUAGAGUCAUAAAAAAAUUAAAUCAAAUAAUAUAGCGCUUUAGCACAACAUUUUUGUAACAAUUUCUAACCAUGUUCAUGCAUGUCAAUGCUAAUCCAAGCCAAGAAGGCGUUAUUUCAUUCUGGCCUGUGACUACCACCACACAUUUUAGUCCGGAUUUUUUUUUUUCUCCUGGGAGAAGACUCUUUUUUUUUUG